AUGGCGUCAACUCAACCCUCGGACUUAAAAGUAGACGAGAUCUACGACUAUGUCAUCAUCGGCUCCGGCAUCUCGGGCAUCAACACGGCAUACUACCUCCAAGCUCACGGCCCCAAAAAUGCAAGCUACGCCAUACUCGAAGGCCGGCCCCGAAUGGGCGGAACAUGGGACCUCUUCCAAUACCCUGGCAUCCGCUCCGAUUCAGACAUCUACACCUUUGGUUUCUCCUGGAACCCAUGGAAGGGCCAGGACCCCCUUGCAGGCGGCCCCGAAAUCCGCGCCUACCUCGAAGAAUCGGCGCAGGCGCACGGCAUCGACAGGCACAUAAAAUACAACCACCAAGUCGCCUCCGCGGACUGGAACUCGGCGACGUGCAGAUGGAUCCUCAAGGCGACGGCUCCAGGUGAAGGGGAGAAGCAAAACACCAAGACGAUUGGCGCGCGGUUCGUGGUCCUCGGCACGGGAUACUACGACUACGAACGCCCCCUCGCAGCCGUGAUCCCAGGCAUCGACACCUUCGAAGGCCAAGUCAUCCACCCGCAGUUCUGGCCCAAGGACCUAGAUUACAGCAACAAGAACGUCGUCAUCAUCGGCAGCGGCGCCACGGCCGUGACGCUGCUUCCCAACAUCGCCACCGACGCCGCGCGCGUGACGAUGUUGCAGCGUAGUCCGACUUACAUCAUCGGUAUGCCAUCCCGUAAAGGCGGUCUUCAGAGCUUCAUGCUCUCCAUCCUCCCGAAAGCCGUCUCGAGUCGGAUUCUUAGAGUUCAGUAUUUCAUGUUGUCGUGUUACUUGUAUUACUACUGCCGGUGGUUCCCCGCCUCCGCGAAACGGUUCCUGCUCGGUGCGGCGCAGAAGCAGUUGCCGCCAAAUAUCCCGCUCGAUCCGCAUUUCAAGCCGCGGUACAAACCCUGGGAACAGCGCCUCUGCUUGUGUCCGAACGCGGAUUUCUACCAGGCCCUGCGGUCUGGCAAGGCAGAUAUCGUGACGGAUACCAUUGAAGAGGUGACGAGCUCCGGCAUCGUAUUGACGUCGGGACGAGUUCUCCGCCCAGACAUCAUCGUCACAGCCACCGGCCUCAGAAUCCGCUUCGCAGGCUCCAUCGCUAUCUCCGUAGACGGCCGCCGCGUCGACCCCAACAAGCAAUUCGCCUUCAAGGGCUGUAUGCUCCAGGACUUGCCCAACUUGGCUUACGUCUUUGGGUAUGCAAACGCCUCGUGGACGCUCGGCGCGGAGGCGACGAGCUCGUAUUUGGUGAGGUUGUGGCGCGGGAUGGAGAAGAAGAAGCUCCGGUCGGUCACGCCUUCGCUUGAGGAUCCGGAUAUGAAGCCGCUUCCUAUGAUACCGCUCCAGUCUACGUAUGUGCGGAAUGCGGCAAAGGUGUUCCCCAAGGCUGGGUCGGGGCGGUGGGCGCCGAGGAAGAAUUAUCUAAUGGAUUUGUGGACGGCUAUGACGAGUGAUGUGUUUGCUGGGAUGAAGGUGCAGUGA